CCGGAGCUGGAGGGGGAGGAGGGGAGGAACCUGAUCCUCGGUAGCGGAGGGCUGGAGGCAAACACCGAGCUCCCCCUGAGCCUCCCGGGAGCAGGGAGGGCUCCGCGAUUCUGAGGGGCCCUCCCCGCGGGGCAGAGGACCAGGUCUCUUUGUUGCCGAGAGCUCAACUAUUAGGAUAGGAUGGCUGGCCAGCAAGUACCAAGGGCCCGCCUGUCUCCACAUUCGAUUUCUGGGAUUACUAGCACAGGUGCCAUGUCUCGCUGAUUCCGGGGAUCAGGCGCAGCUCUUCAAGCUAGUGUGGCGGGCACCUCCCCAGUCAGGGUCACACUACAGAGCCCAGACGGGCCUAAAACUUGAGACCAGUCUGUCUCCUACCUCUCAAGCGCUGAAUUUACAGGCAUUCUCUGUCAGGUCCUACCAACUUUGCCAAUAAUUUAAAAAGGACAAGUGAAAUCCAGACCUUACUGAUUGAUAACUAACUGCUUCGGAAAAGAAUGUUGGUGUCUGCAGGAGCCAGCGGGAGGCUCAUUGGUGUUACCUGCUUGUAAAGGACUCUGAUUUCCCCACGCCCACGUGCUUGAGCCUUAGAAGCCUCAUUCCAGACCUCCAAGGGCAGGGGCCCGGGCAGAGUGUGGAGCUGAUUCCCAUGGCGUGAUGGAACCACAGCAGAGUCAUGAACACAGCAGCUGAUACUGGUCCAUGGUGUGAGCCUACAGCAUUUGAUCUACCCACUCCUCAGUGACUGGUUGUUCAACUUCUGGUCUGUUUUGAAUAAUGGAGUUAAAAGCCCUUCAUGGCAUCUCUUCCCACCGCAGUACAAGGACAAUGGGAGACCAUACAACUGUAUGCGAAGCACAGGCGUCCUGUGAGACGGCUGCCCUAGCUCCAGGUCCCCAGAAGCAGCGGAACAAACACCCCAUUCAUCCCUAGAUGACAUCAGCCAGCCUCUGCCUGGGUUUCUUCCGUCGUGUCCCCGUCCAGUGACUGCGCCAGCCAGUGGAGACAGCUCGUUGUUGUCUGCAGUGGGGAAGAACUGGAAGUGUGGUGCCUGUUCCUUUUCCUAAGAGUGUUUCACUGACUGACCUCUUUUUGUUUUCAAAUGAAGAAGAGCCAAGAAUAGGACUGCUUGGGAAGGAGAUGUCUGAACUACUGAAGCAAGAUGAGGGUUGCAUGUUGGUUAAAUUGCUUUUAGCUGGGAGUGCUACUAUGGAAGUGUACUGAGCCAUUGUAAUGAGGAAGAUGAUUCUGAGUGCCUAAGAAGACUGCAGCAGAGCAGCUGAAAAGCCUCCUUUGGAGGGUCAGCUAGGAAAGGACAGCGUGGGAAACCUGAGGAAGCGGCCUCCACCAACCCUCCCUGCGCGGCCGGGUCCACGCUGCGGCCCCUUUAAGAGCAGGCCACGUCCCCGCCCUCCUCCUGGCGGGGCUGGCGAUCGGUGGCGGCCGCUACGGUGCUGACAAGAUGGCGGCUGGCGGGGCUGUUGCUGCGGCGCCCGAAUGCCGGCUUCUGCCCUACGCGCUGCACAAGUGGAGCUCCUUCUCGUCCACCUACCUUCCCGAGAACAUUUUAGUGGAUAAACCAAAUGAUCAGUCUUCCAGAUGGUCUUCUGAGAGCAAUUAUCCUCCUCAGUACUUGAUUCUGAAGCUUGAAAGGCCUGCUAUAGUUCAGAAUAUUACAUUUGGAAAAUAUGAGAAAACUCAUGUCUGCAAUUUGAAGAAAUUCAAAGUUUUUGGUGGAAUGAAUGAAGAAAAUAUGACAGAGCUGCUGUCCAGUGGCUUGAAGAAUGAUUAUAACAAGGAGACAUUUACUUUGAAACAUAAAAUUGAUGAACAGAUGUUCCCUUGUCGAUUCAUUAAAAUUGUUCCGCUUUUGUCCUGGGGGCCCAGCUUUAAUUUUAGCAUCUGGUAUGUUGAACUUAGUGGCAUUGAUGAUCCUGAUAUAGUGCAGCCCUGUCUGAACUGGUACAGCAAGUACCGUGAACAGGAAGCUAUUCGCCUUUGCCUAAAACACUUCAGACAACACAACUAUACGGAGGCUUUUGAAUCCCUGCAAAAGAAAACCAAGAUUGCACUGGAACAUCCAAUGUUGACAGAUAUGCAUGACAAAUUGGUGUUGAAGGGUGACUUUGAUGCUUGCGAGGAGUUGAUUGAAAAAGCUGUAAAUGAUGGCUUGUUCAAUCAGUACAUCAGUCAGCAGGAGUAUAAGCCACGGUGGAGUCAGAUCAUUCCGAAGAGCACCAAAGGUGAUGGAGAAGAUAACCGACCAGGAAUGAGAGGAGGCCACCAGAUGGUCAUUGAUGUUCAGACAGAGACUGUUUAUUUGUUUGGUGGCUGGGAUGGAACACAAGAUCUUGCUGACUUCUGGGCAUACAGUGUGAAGGAGAACCAGUGGACAUGUAUUUCUAGAGACACUGAGAAAGAGAAUGGUCCAAGUGCCAGAUCCUGUCAUAAAAUGUGCAUUGACAUUCAGCGGAGGCAAAUCUACACAUUGGGUCGUUACUUGGAUUCCUCUGUGAGGAACAGCAAAUCUCUGAAAAGUGACUUUUACCGUUAUGACAUUGACACCAAUACUUGGAUGUUACUAAGUGAAGACACUGCUGCUGAUGGUGGACCAAAAUUGGUGUUUGAUCAUCAGAUGUGUAUGGACUCAGAAAAGCAUAUGAUCUACACCUUUGGUGGUAGAAUUUUGACAUGUAAUGGCAGCGUAGAUGACAGCAGAGCCAGUGAACCACAAUUCAGUGGGUUGUUUGCAUUCAACUGUCAGUGUCAAACCUGGAAACUUCUUCGAGAGGACUCCUGUAAUGCUGGCCCUGAGGACAUCCAAUCUCGAAUUGGACACUGCAUGUUGUUCCAUUCAAAAAACCGUUGCUUAUAUGUAUUUGGCGGUCAGCGAUCUAAGACCUAUUUGAAUGAUUUCUUUAGUUAUGAUGUGGACUCUGAUCAUGUGGACAUAAUUUCAGAUGGCACCAAGAAAGACUCUGGAAUGGUUCCAAUGACUGGAUUCACACAGAGAGCAACUAUUGAUCCAGAACUGAAUGAAAUACAUGUCUUAUCUGGACUUAGCAAAGACAAAGAGAAGAGGGAAGAGAAUGUCAGAAAUUCAUUCUGGAUUUAUGACAUUGUGAGGAAUAGCUGGUCUUGUGUCUAUAAGAAUGAUCAAGCUGCAAAAGAGAAUCUGAGUAAAAGUCUUCAGGAAGAAGAACCAUGUCCAAGGUUUGCCCAUCAGCUCGUGUAUGAUGAAUUACACAAGGUUCAUUAUUUAUUUGGUGGAAAUCCAGGAAAAUCUUGCUCUCCAAAGAUGAGACUAGAUGACUUCUGGUCACUGAAGUUGUGUAGACCUUCAAAAGAUUACUUACUGAGGCACUGCAAGUAUCUCAUAAGAAAACACAGGUUUGAAGAAAAGGCCCAGAUGGAUCCUCUUAGUGCUCUGAAGUAUUUACAGAAUGAUCUUUAUAUAACUGUGGAUCAUUCGGACCCAGAAGAGACAAAAGAGUUUCAACUCCUAGCCUCAGCUCUGUUCAAAUCUGGCUCAGAUUUCACAGCUCUGGGCUUUUCAGAUGUGGAUCACACCUAUGCUCAGAGAACUCAGCUCUUUGACACCUUAGUAAACUUCUUUCCUGACAGCAUGACUCCUCCUAAAGGCAACCUGGUAGACCUCAUCACACUGUAAACCAGGGAGUUGAGUUGAGGAAUUGUUGGGCUCAGAAGUGGAGGCAGGAGUCAGAGCUCAUUCAGUGUUUGUGUGGGCAGAGGAGACAUCGCAGUGACUGAGGACUGCAUCAAAGUGUUGAAGGAUCCUUGUUAUCACAAGUUUUAACCCUCUUCCUUCAUACCCGACCUCAAUCCCCUUUUCCUCAUAUUCCUGCAUUAGGCUAAUAAAGUGAAAUUGAUAUACUUCCCAUUUAA